GUCAACAUGCCAACAGGCAAGUGACCGGACACACGUCAUAUUCGCACCGUGGUACAGACGACCCGCUCAUAUUUUAAUACGCUCGGCUCUAUUAUUAUUUUUACAACGCUCCUGCAGCGUGCCACAACCAUCGAUAAGCGGUAUUCGUUUCGGGAUUCGUCACUCUCGGUUUUCUGAAAAGUUGUUGUACAAUAAUUUCGGUGUUAUCUCCGCGUGUCCGGCGAAUCGAAGACGAAACGCGGUCGCCCGGCCGAUCUGUCACGGCCGCGUCAGACGCCUCCGGUGCGUAACAUCGUGUUGUGUCAUUUAUUUAGGUCUCCGGUCUCGAAAACGAUGUCCUCCUCGGCAUUGUCCUCAGAUUAGCAACCGGCCGUUCAAAAUUUACAGUGAUGCGGCAAUGUAGCUCUUCAUAUCGGAUGUCUGGUUUAGAUCGGCGAACAAAUGUAGACGUUCAAAUUUUGAGUGCUGCUAGUAAAGCGAUUGCGGAGAAAUGCUUUUGGAACGCAUGCAAAGCGUUAUCUUUUGGAUUGUUUCUGAUGGCUGUCGGAGCCAUAAUGGCCAUUAUUGGAUAUUAUGCGGAACAGCUUUCAUCAGAUGACAUUGUCACGAAAACUGACAGUGGUAAUUCAAGUACAUCCAUACGUACAACAAAAACAACAAAAAAAUCGUCUCAUAUAUAUAAGUUGUCGUAUGCUGGACCAAUUGUGAUGGGCGUUGGAGGGUUCAUCGUGGUGGCGGCGUGCGUGAUGACAUUCGAGGCGCGCGAUCGGGCGGCCAAAUUCAUGUCCAACCAAUUGAAAAUAAUGGGCAGUGGCGUCGGUGGGGGCCAGGCGUCGGGUCAUCGUGGCCACGGUCGGCAGACGCCGUCCGCUGGUUACCUGUCCAGGGGCGACAGCGGCCGGAGCAGCUACCAGAACCCGUGCGACGGCGGACGGCACAAGAUGAACAAGAGCCCGUCGGCGCCCAACCUGGCGGCGGCUGCGCUGGCGUCAGCGAACCGCGGACCAGGGGGCGCCGCACAGUCUGGCGUUGGCAGGCUGCCCCUCAGGCACAAGCACGCGGUGCACGUGCUGUCGUCGGGAGGCGGCGGUGGCGGUGGAGCGGGCCGAGCGCUGCUCAGUCCGCACACUUUGCGUCGACAGGCCAUGUCGAUGGACACGCAAGACUACAACCCGCUGUUCUCGCCGCCCCGAUCCCGGCACAGCAGUUCGGGUCUGUUGACGUACAGCAACAGCAACAACUUUGGAAAUUUCAACUGCAGCAACGGCAACAAACAGGGCGGUGACGGCAGCAGGGAGUCGGUCAACGAUCCGAUGAGGACGUCUUCCAGGGGAUCGAGGGGCUCGAUGGUACUGGACCUGCAUGUGCCCAACGAGUGUCCGGUGACGAUGAGGGUGCGGGACAGGAGCCGCCGGUCGGACACGGCUCGGCGGCACGUUCUCCGCAGGCAGACACCCGUCGAGCUUGACGACACGAUCAUCGCGUACGCCGCAGCCUCGGCCAUGGCAGCGGACCAUCACCGGCAGCGGGCCAAGCGGUGCACACGGUCGGCCACUUGCGACGUGCCGCACGCGGUCAAGUCGAAGCGCAGACGACAGGACUCCAGUUGCUCGGACGUGGUGGCGGCCCGUCGGAGGUCCGGUUCGCCGGUGUGCGGCGGCGUCGCCAGUGGCAGUGUCGGGAGUCGGGGCGGCGGUGGAUGGCGUUCGUCGGCCAACGACGUCGUCGAUGCCGCCGAGUGGGCCAGGACAGCGAACCGCGGCACUGGCGGUGAUUCGGCCGUGUCGUCGCCGCAACGGUUCGCCAACGACCGUUCACCCGGGUCGACACCCAUACGACAACAGUCCCAGCCGACCACAGCCGCAGUGGACGGCAGCAAAAUGUCGCUGUCUAGGACGUGUUCCGACAUCAUGUCCAUCGACAAGUCGUUCGAAGAGUCCAAUUACAGUAGUUCGUAGAUUUGUAGAUGAUUCAUUAUGCGCAUAACGCAUAAUCGAUUCGUAAUUGAUUUCGGUUAGGACAACGUUUAUCUGCUAGUAGAUAACCGUGGUCAGGACACUAUAAUAUUAUUCAAACAUAAUACGCGACAUAAGACGUCAUUGCAAACUGUAAAUGUAUAUACAUACCUACUUACGUCGCGAUAUAAUUAUAAUAUUAUAUACUUCAUACUGCAUGUCAUAAUAUUAUGUAACCCAAAUCGCCGGCUUACAUGUAUAUAGGUAGGUACCUAACUGAUAUCCGAUAUAAAUGAUUAUCGUUGUAGUAUUACAUCAUUUUUUACAUCCAUACAUUAUCGUUGCAUCGUUCAAAACGAUUAUAAUAUGUUGUUACCAAAUAUCGGAUUUAUAUAAUUAUUAUCUACUAUUACUAUAAUUAUCACCCCCAUAUAUUUAGCGCAAAACUCUCAUUAUUUCAAAAACUAUUAAUGUUUUUGAAAAUAUUUUUUAAUAUAAUUUCAAGUCAUUAAAAAAACAUAUUCCCACAAAAAUAUUUUUUUUUUACUAAUUCUUAUCGUUAUCAUUUUUUAAAUUAUAUUAUGCAUUUUUAAUUCCUCAUUUCAAAGCAGAAUAUUAUUCGGAGUAUUUCAAUCAAUAAAAAUCAAAUUUAAUAUUUUUUAGUCGUAGGUAACUAGUAUAAAGUUUAAAGUUUUGAUAAGCAGAGUUAUGUGGUACAGUGGUAACCCGCAAAAUGUGGUCCACUUCUCCGCUCAUAUAAACUUGAAAUACUUAUACUAAUAUACUUAUAAUUUAUAAACGAUGAAAUUUGAUUCUUAUAUAGAUCGAAAUAUUCCAAAUAAUAUUCUACUUUGGAAUAUGAAAUCAAAAAAUUAAUGUUAUCUUUUAAAAAAGUAAAAAAACUUCAAAAAUGAUAACGAAUUAAAAUUAUUUAAAAGAAAUAUUUUCAAAAACGUUUAUGUUUUCUGAAAUAACGAAUGUGCCUUACGUUGAAUGGAUCACUCCCAGAAUUAUAUACAGGUAGGUGCCUAUAAUUCAAAAGCCAGCCAAUAAUAAUAUCACAUUCUCAACCGCGAGUUGAACUGGGUACUUGGGAGUUAUUUUAUGACAGUAUGAUAUACCAGUUUAUUAUGUUUAUAUUGUAACAGUUUUAUAAACAUAGUUUAUAUUGUUACAGGUCUAAUAGAUUUAGGAAAGAUUAGGCGUGUAUUAGUGAGUAUAAUAAUAUGUUUGGACGAAUCAAACGGGGAAAAGUAUUGAAGUUGAUAAGCUGCGUAUUACAAUAAUAAUUGAUGUUUACAAUACGUUCAACUGAGAACAUUAUUUUACUGCAGCAUGUCACUCGUAUAUUAGGCUCGUAGAAUGCAUAAUAAUAAUAUUAUUUUAUCAACAUAUUAUAUAGGUAUUGGAUGGACAUUAUUAGAUUGCCGUAGUAUACGCAGACAAUAUUGUAGAUCGUGCAUGAUAAUGUUUAUGAUAAUGCAAAAACGUAUUAUUUAAACGCUCGUCUUGUUUUAGCCCCACAUAGUAGCACGAGAUAAAAAAUGUUUAGAGGGGUUUUCAAUUUUCAUAUUAUUGUAUAGCUGCGUUUUAAAAGUGUAGCAGCAGCAAUAGUGUAGGGCGUAGGUACAGUGCUGCAGCAUCAGUAGCGUGAAUUACAGCGAAAGUGGGUGUGUUAUUUUGUAUAAUAAUAUUAGAACUAAGUACAAACGAUUUUUUCAAAGAUACCUACCAAUAAUUUUUAAACUCUUUGAAAUAAAUUAAAAUUGGAAUUUUAUUUCAAAUAAUAUGUAAACACAUUGAUAAUUAAUGUGUUAUUUGAACAUCGCUGUAUAUGAAUAUUAUUUAUUUGAAAUACCAUAAAAAUUAUCUUAUAUCAUGUAGUGCAAAAUUAAUAACAUUAUGGUGGAAAAUGUAGAGAAAUCCUCACUCAAUUGGUACCUACUUAAUUACCUAUUAUUAUUGGUAGCAAUCAUUGAAGUACCUGCAUGAUAACUAUAUGUACCUAUUAGAACGUUUUUUUUUGAAUGUAGGUGCCUAUUUUUAAUUCUUCAUAUUUUCAACGAUCAGCGAUCGUAACUAAAAUCGUCACUUUAAUAAAAUACACUGAAUUUAUAUUGAAUAUUUAAUUAUUAAGUGUUUAACAGAUAACUGCCACUAUUCAAAUUUCUGUAGUUUUUUUGUUUUUUUGUUUAAUUUAAAAUAGAGACAAUUAGACAAACUUAUUUGGUAAAACAUGUUACAUCGAAGCGUUAGUUUUGAACUAUAAUAUUACUCAGUACCUAAUUUAGACAUAUAAUAAGUAUAUGGAAAUAUGAAAUAACAUUAAAGAAUUUUUAGGGUUUUUAAGAAAAAAGAAGAUAUUAAGAAGUUUGAUUUACCAUCAAAUUGAUACCACCAAAUAGAAAAGUUAAAAUUAAAUCAUUGGCACUGGUAACUGAUUUAUAUAUCAUUCGAAAAAUAAAAUAGAUUCCUUGCAAUACCAUAGUGCAAUAUUAAGUUUUGGACCAUUUUAUUUAGAUAGGUACAAUGUAGGCGGAACAUACAUCUUAUAUACCGAUGUAUAGAUUGGAAAUUCAUCAUCGAGCUGUUGAAUUAUUAUUAUAUAAUCAUGUUAUUGAUCACGUACAAAAUUAUUAUGCAUAAUGGAUUGGAACUAACAGACUAGGUGAUGGUGUUAAUAAAUACGUUUUCUGGGCAUCAAUCAAAUGGGAACGGUUAAAUUGGUUACGUCAUUAACCGCGAGGCCGAGAAACCCCAAUUUCAUGUCGCUCACACAAGGGAACUUGAUAGGUACUGUUUCAAACAACAUUAAUUUUGUUCAGAUGAUCAGGUUGGUGUCAUUUCUAUUCAAAUAUUGCUCCCGGAGAAAAAAAAAAUAACACCCAACAUCUAAUGUCUAUAGAGUCUUUUGAAAUAUUCUGAUUAACGGCAUAUGAAAAACUGUGUCGCAUUUGUUGGCGAAUAAAAUCUCGUUUCAUUAUAAUAUUAUUGUGCUUACUGCAUUUUGUACACAACCAAGAUAAUAUUGUUAUCUCCCAUUUCUUUUUUCAGUUCACGAAUGCAUAAGACAUGUCUGAAGUAAGGCACUCAUGUACGAUAAGCCUAUUCCAUUGAAUUGAGACAUCGUAUAUUUAUAACAUAAUAUUAUUUACAAUUUUACUACUGCUUACGUAUAUGAUGAGUCUUUUUACCUUUUAAAAUUCGAAAUAUCAAUAACGUGGUAGGUAGGUACACCAUACAUUGUAAUAAUGUACGUAGGUUGUUAAGGAUUAAUAAGAGAGCCGCAUACUUUAAUAAAUAAAUAAUAAUAUGAUUAAAUAUUUAUAAAUCGUUCAAAAACAUUAUUCUGUUUAUUUGAAGACAUAUUACCUACUAUCUCAUACUAAAUUGUGAUUUUCGUAUAAGGUGAAAAAUUAUAUUUUUACGGAAAUCAAUGUUAUUCAUCGAUCUUUGAACUUCUUGAUAUAAAAAUUAAAUAUUUGAAUUUGAAAAUUCAAACAUAAUAUUAUAUUAUAUAAAACAAUAUUAGGUACGUUACUUAAAAAUUUGAAUGAUAUUUUCGUCAAAUUGUUCCACAUUAUCUUCCAAAAAUAUUUAAAUUCCCACUAUUUAAUAUUUUAAAAUAAAUAAUAAAUCCUUACCUAGUACAAAUUGUGUUCGUUUUUAAUGUUGUAAAACAUUAUUUCAUUUUAUAAUAUUAGAGUGACAAUAUUUAAGUUUGAUAAAUUUAUAAUAUAGUCGUGCAUAUCAUACCAUUCAUACCUAUCUUAUUAUGAUUUAAUGAAAUUAUAAAAUGUUAUAAAAUAUAUAUCAAUUUAUUGGCAAAUAUUAAUCAUAACCCUUAAAUAACCGAAUUAAAAAACGCGGUCUCACUUAAACAUUAAAUAAUAAAUAUAGUUAAAUUGUUUUAUCAUUAUUAAUCAUAUCAAUUAUGGAUAUAAUUUUUAUAAUUUACAACAUUUACGAGUUUAUUAUAUUUGAAUGACAUUGUAAAAUGAUGAUAUUUAGCAUGACCGUGUACCUACUAAGGCAAUAAUAGAUGAUUCUAUGAUAUUUCCCGAAAUUUGUAUUUUCAUUGUAACAAAGGCUUUGUGUCUAUGAUAAUAAAUUGGUAUGUGACCCAUUCUUACAAAGUACAAACAAUGAAUUUGAAAUUUGAUCGAUAAUAUAUUUUAAUGAUGAUGUCUUGAAAUUAUUAACUCACAGAACGGAUAAUAAAUUUAAGAAGCAUCAGCGACUCUACAUCAAUUAUUAUAAUAUUAUUACCAUUCAAAACUACACGAAUGUCCAAUUAUAACAGUUUUGAACUCAACUGUGAAUCUGUAGUAGGUAGUCCCACAGCCCCAUUUAUCAUUUAGCGAUAAUUAAUAAAUAACAAAUCCUGCAGUGAAAUGUUUUUUUCUCAUAACGCAUUUACAUAACUAUUAUAAUUAUAUGCAAAUAAAAGUCAUUAAAAGUACCUAAAACUAAUUAAUUUUUUACAUUUUAAGAUCAACAAAUAUCAUGUUUUAUAUUACUAUAAAUUUAUUGUUUGCUUAACUUCUUCACUUUUAGUGGGUUUAAUUACGUUAUACAUCGUAAAAUAGUUAUCUUAAAGUUCCAUAAAAUAAUAAUUGCAGUCGACUAAUACAAUAUUAACUUCAUUAUUUUUUCUAGAUACUCAACCCAAUAUAAAUGUGUUUUUUUUAUAAACUAUAAUAGUCAUACCUAUAUAGUUGUCAUUUUAAGUUUUAACUACUAUACUGUUUAUCUUCACAAAUUAUGUAUUUUGAUCUUUUGAGACUUACUCUUGUUAGACGUUUAAAAUAAAUAUUUUUCAAACAUAAGUACAUAGUGUGUAUUUUACAUUUACUACAAAUAAUUUUAUUUCAAAUAUUUAAUAUACUGUUAUUCUUAAAGUAUAAAAAUACGAACAAUAUUUAUAUAUUAUUUAGUUAAAAGUUAAAAUUAUAUACUUAUUACUUAUAAUAUACCUAAGUACUAUACUAAUAAAACAUAUAAACACCGUCAUAAGCAUAUAAAAUAAUAUAUUGUAUUAAGAAUUUGUAAAGUAAGUACUGAAGUAAGAUUUGAUUGAGCAUUAAUCAAGAAUAUGUUGAUUUAGAUCAAAAGUAAAACGAAAAAAAUAAAUGUUAGGUAUAUCAAAGUUAGGUUUAAAUCACAAACAAUAAAUGUUAAAAAUAUUUAUUCUAAUAUUCAUUUUUGUAAAAAAAAACAUGAGGAAAUUAGAUAGUUAUAAUCAUAAAUUAAUAUUUAAUUGUCACAAUUUGUUUCAUUAUAACAUAAAGCAGAUAGGUUCGUGGAAGAGCACUCAUAAAAUAAGAGAAAAAAAGUAAGAUAUGAAAAUUAGGACCGAAAUAUUUCAUACUUUAACACGUGCAUACUAUUAUACUAUUAUAUUCGUAUUACUAAUUAUUACUACACAAUAUUUUUUAGGAACUUGAAGAAACAUUUCACUACAUUCGUUUGAUUUGUAUUAUAAUAUUAUAUUUAUAUUACAAUAAACGAACGUAACUAUAAAAUAUUAAAUAGAUACCAUAUAAGUAUUAUUCCAAACACUAAUAACAUAAUUUUGGCAAUACAUAAAAUAAAUAAAUAAUUGAAAAAAAUAUCAAAAACCAAUGCUCAAUAAGAAAUCUAGCAAUGAUUUUUAAUUAUUGUUAUACUUAAAUUAAUAUUAAGUUUCGAUGAUUCUGGAGUACAUUUUGUCUAUAUCAUAAUAUCAUACUGAGCAUGAGUAUAAUUUUUGUUUCUAUUUUCUAAGAAAUAUUGUUUGUAUUGGUUUUAAUACGUAACAAAGACAAUAAGCAUGUAUCGACUAUUGAUUUCAAAUCCUAGUUAUUCCCUUAUAAAGUAUAUUAUACCAAUGACUUAAUUUAAAAUUAUUAACUCCUAAAUAAACACUCCUUUAAGUACCUACCAACAUAUCAAGCAUAAUACAUAUAUAUAUAUAUA